AUGCUCCCGCCAUCUUACAGACAAGCCACAAAUGAACAACUACCGUCUUACAAACCAACUCUACUCCAUCAUGAUAUCGUUCUACUCAAGAAAGAACUAUCUUCUCCAUUUGACGUGGCUAAAGACAGAAGCUGGGAUCUAGCCAUAGUGGAAAUCAACUCUACUCAGUUGAACCUCUACAAACUCAAGAACCUAAGCAACAUAUAUCAAUACAUUUGGAAACUCAUUGAUAAUGAAAACUCAAUAGAUCAUAAACAUGAAAUCAAAAAGAAAGUGAUUACUCAAGAUACCCAUUUAUCAUCAUCAUCAUCAUCAUCAUCUUUUUCAAACAAAUCUCUAAUGGAGUUCUUAUUGGUGAACAAUUCUCAUACUAUUCCUUAUGAAAUCAUAAAGCAUUACACGGGCGCUAAAAUCCAUUCAUAUACAUUACAAACGUGUCAUAUAGGUUCCGCUACAGAUUAUCAUAAAAAGAAUUAUACACUAAGAGUAAGGAUUGAAUUACAUCAAUUCUUGUUAUCAUUCAUCAAUAUCAACAAAUUUAAUAGAUUCUUCAAUAAUGUAUUGAUCGGAAUUGAUUUAUCAAAACCUUUGGAUGAAAGAACUUUACCAAAAGAGAAAACUGUGCCAAAUGAGAUAUCAAGAUUCAGAGUACAAAACUUUGAAAACUUUUAUAUUAAGAACUGUAUCAAUUCAGAUCAUGGCUUGGCAACUUAUAGAAGAAAUACCAUUGACCAUACUGGUUUAUUAAACAGAGAAGAGUUAAAGUUUCAAAUGGAAUUGGCAAAGACCCGUGGAAGAUCAAAUUCUCUUCCAUUAUCAAGCACUUCUUCUUCAUCUGCAUUGAUUUCAGAUAGUGAAAGUUAUAUUGGAUCUCCUCCAGAUUAUAAAUAUUCACCAGAAGAUCCAGCAAAUGAAUUCAUUGAUGAGAAUUUGAUAUAUUCAUUAACUUGUAUGAAACCAUUGGAAGCUAAGAAUGAUUGGAAAGGUUCAAUGAUUAUAACAGGGAAUUAUAAAUCAAAGUCAUUAUCAAAGUUCAAAUCUAAAAAGUCAAGUAACUUUGGAGAUAAAUUAUUUGUGGAUAAUACUAGUUGUAACAAGUUUAGUAAGAUUGUUUUGGAUCAAGGAUUGAGUUGUAAAGAGUUUAUAGUACUCGCAGAUGGAUUAGUUGAAUCUGUGAUAUAA